ACGCAUUUGUAAGCAUCUAAUAAUAUCAACAAGCCAGUCACUGAUAGGUAAGCAAUCUUUGCUUAUUUAUUUCAUUGCAUUGAUGAUUAUUUCAUUGUCAUACUGAAAAAAACAACAGCUGUAUCCAGAAGGGAAAUUUGAAAACGGUAAGUAUUUUUUUUUAAAGACAGAAAUCUGCUGUUUCAGAUACUGUGUGCUUGGAUCUUCUUAGGCACUAGAUAAUUUAAUUCAAAGUAAAUAGCCAUUUACUUUUUUUUUAAAUAUAGGAAAUGAUUAUCCGUAAAUUGAAAAAAAUAAUUAUGACAUUUUCUAAAAAUCAGUUUUUCCUCCAUUUGAAUGACCAAAGUGUUAAAUUGUUCAAAUGCCCUUGCUACGUGAUAUUCAUAUUCUUAUUGUUUCCUUUACUAAGUCUUUAAAAUUAAAAAAAAAACAACAUCAAAUGUAAUAAACUUGAAUACAAUCAAAGCUACAUCUUGUAAAACACGAUUAUUUAGGUCAUAGAGCACUUUAGAAGGACGAGAAAACCCUAUUCCAAGAACAACAAAAAGCUUUAUUUGAAAGACAAGUUCCUAGAUUUAAACGACUAGGUACUGAAUACAAUAUUUUAGAAAACAGACAUGGCUUACUUGCCCAGAGCUUAUUCUUAAAAUCUAUCCAGACUUGGUCUCAUACUUGUCGAUGUGUCGCCUCAUACGUGUCGCUGUGUCGUCUCGUUCUUGUCGCUGUGUCGCCUCAUACGUGUCGCUGUGUCGUCUCAUACAUGUCGCUGUGUCGUCUCAUACACUUCGCAGUGUCCGUCUUAUACGUGUCGCUGUGUCGUCUUAUACUUGUCGCUUUGUGACUCUUAAAAAAGCAUCAGCAAAACAAUCAUGUUUAAAUGCCACUCUGCUUGCUACGUUACUACUUUGGUCACAGCUUAAAAUUGUUAGACUACGGCACAUACUGUAUUGUAUAAUUUUAACGGUUUCGGUACAACUCCUAAUUGGUUCAAUUAAUAUAUAUAUAUAUAUAUAUUUUUACCACAGAACUUUUGAUAACUUCAUGUAGAAUGCCGUCCUCGUCAAGAACGAUAAACCUUUUGAUCCUGGUCUGCUUCCUGACCACAGCAGCUGCUAAAUUCUACCCCUUUACCUGUAAGUUAUUCCGAGAGAAUUAGCUUCGACGAUACGACGAAGUUGCCCUAUGCCAUGCUUGUAUGCACAAUAAGAUGGGGGGGGGGGGGGGGGGAAUAAAAUUUAAUCUAGAUUUGCGGGUUUCUGUUUAGCUUUCAGUUUGCAAAUAUUCAUUGUGAGGCGCUCAUCACCUCCUUAACGGAUGCCUAUAGAUACACGGAUUUAGAUGAAAGUAUAAUUUAUUCCUGGUAUUUUUUAGCGAGAGAAAAAAUUCAUGAGAAGUAGCGAACUGAAAGAAGUCAGACUGCGAAAUGCAUUAAAGAUGGAGUAUUGUUUGUAUGGGGGGGGUUGUGAUUUCUAAGACGGGGAAACGUCUCAUCGCGUUACGUCAUGUUACUAUUUUUAGACAUUGCUUUCGUAACACAUAGCUUCGGAUAAUGUAUCACCACAUACAUACAACCGUAGAGGUUUGUAAAAAAUGUCCGUAAAAUAACGCUGUAAACACGUUAACGUAGAGGUACCGAGCAGCGGCUGGGAGGUUGGCCAAACGGAAUACUAGGAUUUUUACUAACAUCUUAAUCAGCUUGGCCAGACUGUACGCCCGGAUGUUCUAAUAAUAGAUCCCCCCCCCCCGAUUAAAUGACAAACCCUCUACGUGUUGAAUGCGCGUUAAUUAUCAGGUACAACUUACCAGUUUGGAAAUGUUUAAUUUUUUAAAUUUUUUUUGGGGAUGUCGAUUUAUUUAGCUAGAAGCUUAUUUCUGAUCUUGCCGUCAUAAUUUGUUAACGACAGCCACGUGAUGACCUGCAAGAUUAUUUCCUUGGUGGAGAGUUGUUCGUGGUUUAAGGUGGCGGUAUCUGAUAUGUUAAAAAAAUGAGGAAUAAUAUAUUUUUUAAAUAUGAAUUAUCUUCAUUUCCUGAAAUAGACGUUCUAUAAGAUGCUGAGUUCAAAAUACUGAAUUCCUGCUCAAUUUUUUUUUUCUGAUUCCUAUUGAGUGUUAAACAACUAACUUUAUUACCUACAGAUUACUUGGACCAGUACUGCGGGACAACCAUCUAUGUUAGCCAAGAAAUAAGGGUGAGACUGUCCCAGCAAACCUAUCUUUAUCCCAAUAAAGAGUGCGGUAUGACUUUCAGACCCUCCGCCGGGAACAAGCUGGUGGCCACGUUCCUCAACUACAGCAUGCCGUCGGAUUACGUGGAUGCGUCGGGGAUAUGCAACUACGAGUCGAUCCAGCUGACCCAAGAGUCAGCGCUCUAUUUUGGUAAGUCAUGGGGGGGGGGGUCGGGUGCAGCUAGGGAUUGAUGGUAGUGUAUUAACCUGGUGGCCACGUUCCUCAACUACAGCAUGCCGUCGGAUUACGUGGAUGCGUCGGGGAUAUGCAACUACGAGUCGAUCCAGCUGACCCAAGAGUCAGCGCUCUAUUUUGGUAAGUCAUGGGGGGGGGGUCGGGUGCAGCUAGGGAUUGAUGGUAGUGUAUUAACCGUGUCCGGCAGUUAGUACGAAAAAUAAUCGUACGGAACCAAUUUGCACGAAACCAAUUUGCACGAAACAAAUUUGUACGAAGGAACAUUGUUUGAAAGACAGUUAGCUAAAUCGAAUGUGUAUUUAUUUUUUUUUUUUACAACAGAACUUUUUUGAACGAAAAAAAAUGGUAGAAAUUAAACAACCCCAUAAGACAUACUUUUUUCGUAGAAAUCAUUUUAAAACUGUAAUAUCGAAGCAAAUUAUGGAUGGGGCUGAAUAUCUGUCAAAACAUGCAUUACACGUAACGCAGUUGAUAAGAAUCCCAAAGAGUGAUUCCCCUCCGAAGGCGCCCAACCGCACAUUUUUAUCAACACCUCGGUACUAUGUUUUUAUUCAAAUGAUUCACUCUCUUUUUAUAAAGUAGAUUUUUUUUUCACCAACUAUUUCAGAAAAAAAAACAAAAAAAAGAAAAUACUACGCACCAAACGCUCUUGCGGUACUUUUUUAAAAGAAUAUCAUUUAGUGCGGUUGUCGGGAAUUUUUCCAAUUAUCUUCCCCUUGAAAUUCAGGACAAAACAGAUUUUGGGGGUUUGGGGUGGGACUGAAAUAUUGAAAGAAUGUGUUGUCACCGCCAACGAGUCGGUCUAUGUGCCAAGUUCCAGCUUCAUAGCUUGACGGGACGUCAGCCAAUAAGCCGUCCGAAGAUUUUGCCGUCCAGCUAGCCACAAAAAAAAAAUUACUCUCACAUUCCCUAAGAAUAUUUUAAAAUAAUAUCCAUACUAUUAUGUCAUUUCGAAAACAAACAAGUAUUGUAACAACAAUCCUUGCUAUAAAUUUCCUUUUAGCUCAUUUCUUUUUACUAAUUUCCGGUGCGUAUAUUUAACAUAGUGGACAUGUUGGGAAUAUGCAUCUAAUAGUCCCCUUAGCUGACCGCCCCCCCCCCACACACAAAAAUCGUCUGUGUUCUCGAGUAGGUUUGCGAGUGCUAUGGUAAUAGCUGGACACUAUGAUGGGACAAGUAAAAUAUAAUUAUCAAAUCAAAUUUUGCCACGGCAGCAACAGAGAGCAUGGCUUUUAAAAUGCCACCGUAUAACAGUUUAUUUUCUUUUAUGUAUAGUGGGUAGUUUGGUGUUGAAUUUAACAAAGAAUAUUCUUUUUUUGCAUUACCAUAAUUAUAAAAUCCAGACAGUAAUUACAAUAGCUAAGUAAAAAAAAAUGAUAUUACAGCGUCUAUAAAAAAUUGCGCUUUAGUUUUCCUUGUAGAGUAAUUGAUCUUGUACAGCAUUGCUCUUUAAAAAACAGAAAGUAAGAGCAACACCCAGGGUUAUGUCAGGUCACACAUUUUCCUGUAUUCCUGAUGUAUUACCAACAACAAACAAGUCGUUUUUGACAGCUUCCUCGAAAUGGGACAUCAUUACUUCACUGUAAAUGAGACAAUGGCCUUCCCAGUUCUAGGAAUAGAAUUUGUAUCAGUCACUUGAUCAUUACUCGACACAUUCCUAAUUAACCGUUUAGAAUAUAUUUUUAUAUUCCUACCUGUUGUUCGUACCUCGCAAGCAAAAAGGACAUUUUUUUCCCCUCGACGAUGAUUAUGCCUGUGGCUUUUGAGUCCUAUUUUGUAAAGUGUGUAAAGCUUGGGUCACACGUUGGACAUGUUUCAGAGUCCUAGUGAUGUUGAAGACAGAGUCGUCGCGUGACUUUUGGAGGUCCCUUGCACAUUUUUAGUUGUUUUUAAACAAAAGUUUUUUGAGAGACAAAAAUCACCGCCAUUUUUUAUUUUUCAUUUAAAGUUGAUAAUUUAUUGUAUGUUCGUAGUUAAGAGCUUAUAGUUUGAAGCAAAGGCAAACAAAAACGUUAUCAUUUUAAAUUAUGUAAUGAUCCCCUUAUGAAAACCACCGCGCUGUUUGCGGCUGGCUAAAGCUUCGAUUAAAUAAAGUUCUCAAGCCAACGUUUAUAUCUAUCAAUGUUCAGUUCGAUAUUCCAAUAUGAAAGGUGCGAAGAUAAAGUUUAAAAUCAAUGCAAUCAACAAUUUAUAUUUGGAUACAUCUUUAAACUAUAUAGUUUAAUGCUGGGCUCAACACUUAUUGUUCAAUCCCUUAUGCAAACAAAUAGAACAGUGGUUCCCUAUCUACUCGACUCGUUGAACCCUUUUUAAAAUAUUAAUUAUAUGCAGGAGCCAUUUACACCUACUCUACGCAUGACAAGUUUUCUGUAAUUUGUUUUGUUUUAAUUUUAUCUCCUAGAGCUGCCGCAGAGCUUAUGAAAUGUGUACGUGGAGCACCUUUUUGGGAAUCCUUGCUCUGGGUAUUUGAAUAACCAUUUUUGCGUUGUAAUAAAAUAAUUGUACAACACUAUAAAACACAGCCCCGCCCGCUUGCCCCACUGAACUAACCCCAAUGUUUCCCCUGCUUUAGGUUACAGGGGAUACUGCGGCUGGACCAAACCCAACGGCCAGUACGACCUACACGACUACACCACAUUCAGCUUCCAGGUCUGGCAGAACAUGUACGUGAACACGGCGCAGGUCGACCUGCUCAUCACAGAGGUCUUUAACAAAGAUUAUCAGAACUGUAAGUCAACGUCAGAUAUGGCGGCCUGCUUUAUGUCAAUCAGCUGAAUUUCAGCUUUGUAACGUCAGUGUUUUUUUUCUCCCCUAACUUUUAAAUUUCAUACUAUAAAUUAUGAAUAGAUAAAAGAUGGUUUAUAAUAAAGCCAUGUGGCACGAUUUAGCAUCCAAGUUGAGACUGACCUUUUGAUGUAAUUUGAUAUUUCAUGUUUCAAUGUUUGAGGCUGAAGGUUGUUUUGAUAGAAGUUUUUGCCAAGAGUUAUUUGAUUAAAAUUUAAGUUUUCCAAGAGUUAUUUGAUUGAGUUUAAAUUUUCAAAGAGUUAUUUGAUUAAAAUUUAAGUUUUCCAAGAGUUAUUUCAUUCAGUUUAAGUUUUCCAAGGGUUAUUUGAUUAAAAUUUAAGUUUUCCAAGAGUUAUUUGAUUGAGUUUAAGUUUUCCAAGAGUUAUUUGAUUGAGUUUAAGUUUUCCAAGAGUUAUUUGAUUAAAAUGUAAGUUUUCCAAGAGUUAUUUUAUUGAGUUUAAGUUUUCCAGGAGUUAUUUUAUUAAGUUUAAGUUUUCCAAGAGUUAUUUGAUUUAGUUUAAGUUUUCCAAGAGUUAUUUGAUUAAGUUUAAGUUUUCCAAGAGAUAUUUGAUUGAGUUUAAGUUUUCCAAGAGUUAUUUAAUUAAGUUUAAGUUUUCCAAGAGAUAUUUGAUUGAGUUUAAGUUUUCCAAGAGUUAUUUGAUUAAAAUUAAAGUUUUCCAAGAAUUAUUUGAUUAAGUUUAAGUUUUCCAAGAGUUAUUUGAUUGAGUUUAAGUUUUCCAAGAGUUAUUUGAUUCAAAUUAAAGUUUUCCAAGAGUUAUUUGUUUAAAAUGUAAGUUUUCAAAGAGUUAUUUGAAGGAGUUAAAUUUUUCCAAGAGAUAUUUCAUUAAAGUUGAAGUUUUCCAAGUAAGUUACGAUAAACAAAACCAAAAGUAUGUCAACUUUAGGAUAUGCGAAUUUAUCUCAUAUACAUUUCUUUUCUUUAAAGGUCUUUAUGUCUCUGAACUGAAUUUUUUGGCGGCGCUGUCAUAAAUCCAUUGGAUUUUAAUAGAUGUGUCUUUUUAAAACUGCUUUAAAUUUUGUUCACACAAUCUUAUUGAAACGCUUGACCCCCGGUCACCUGUCCUCAGCCUGCCCCUACAACACAUUCGACUGUCAACGGUCCGGCAUAUGCAUCGACCAGGACCUGACCUGCAACGGCUACGACGACUGCGGCAACAACCUGGACGAGACCCUCGGCUGCAGGACGCCUUCACUCGAUGUCAAGCCUUACCUGGGAGCCAUCAUUGGCGGCUCUGCCGGGCUCGUCGUCCUGGUCGUCGUCAUUGUCGUCACUGUUGUUGUCUGCAGGAGACGUGGCGGGAAGUCGGCCUACAUCCAGAUCUAGAAGGGUUGCUGUUCAGACGGCUUUUGUGUAUGUGUCAAUAGUUGGUAUUUAUACGGUUUUGUGUAAGUCUCAACUGAUGCUAUUUAUACGGUUUAUGUGUGUAUGUGUGUGUUGAUUGUUUCUAUUUAGAAGAUUGAUAUUUAUAUGGAUUGCUGCUGUCUAUAAGUUUUUUUUUUAAUGUGUAUUGUUUCUAUUUAGAAUGUUGAUUAGAAUGUUAAUUUAGAAAUGUGUUACUCAGAGUAUUUAUACUUGUUGGUUUAUUUUUAAUGCCUAUCAAUCAUGUUGAGAAAUAAUGCUCUUCAAAUCCUCUCUGUGGUGUUUCCAAUUUCGGGUGUGGUUUCUCGUAUGUCGGGUGUUAUGUCUCCAAUGUCGCGUGUGGUGCCUCCAAUGUCAGAUGUGGUGUCUCCAAUGUCGGGUGUGGUGUCUCCAGUCCUCGGUGUGCGGUCUCCAAUGUCGUGUGUGGGGUCUCCAGUCCUCGGUGUGGGGUCUCCAAUGUCGGGUGUGGUGUCUCCAGUCCUCAGUGUGGCGUCUCCAAUUUCGGGUGUGGUGUCUCCAGUCCUCUGUGUGGUGUCUCCAAUUUGUGUUGUCUCCGAUGUCUGGUGUGGUGUCUCCAGUCCUCGGUGUGCGGUCUCCGAUGUCGUGUGUGGUGUCUCCAGUCCUCGGUGUGGGGUCUCCAAUGUCGGGUGUGGUGUCUCCAGUCCUCAGUGUGGCGUCUCCAAUUUCGGGUGUGGUGUCUCCAGUCCUCUGUGUGGUGUCUCCAAUUUCGGGUGUGGUGUCUCCAGUCCUCGGUGUGGGGUCUCCAAUGUCGGGUGUGGUGUCUCCAGUCCUCGGUGUGGGGUCUCCAAUGUCGGGUGUGGUGUCUCCAAUGUCGGGUAUAGACAAAAUAACCAUAAUGGCUUGGUGAAUAUAAUUUAUAAUUCCAGCAUUAAAAUUUAAAAAAAAAACUCCUUUAUCUGCAUUGCCCACGGGUAUAACUAAAACGUACACAACAUUUUUUGGGGUCUUAAACUGUAACAUUAAAUCUGUAUGAUAAGGUGACGCUUUUUUCUCUCUCUCUGCAAGUUUAUGUCAAUCCAUUCCCUGAAGGUGUCACGCUUUACGUAGCACCGAUCUGUCACCGUGUACUGCCGCUAACGGUGUUUGAAAAGUGUUACAGAAGGAACACAAGAUACGAUAACCAAAUUAUGUUGUAGUGUGACAGGCGAAGGCCGAUAAAGGCAUGGGAUGAAAAUUAAUUCAAGAUGCCUCUUCUCAUGUGAGGUUUUGAAAAAAAAAUAUUUUACGAACUGAAAAAUCUAAAUAAAAAAUAUUUAUAAAAAAAAAAAAAA